AGGCGGGACCCGAAGGAGGGAGGCGCUGACGCCGCGACGUCAACAACCGCCGGGCGCCGCUUCUCCACAGGUGCCGCCGAGGCCGCGUGAGGGAAGCGCGGCUGAGAGGAGGAGGAGGCGGCGGCGUCGGCCAUGACCAAGUACUGCCGGGCGCCCAACUGCUGCAACUCGGCCAGGGAGCCGCGGACCGACAACCGGCGCCUCAGUUUCUACAAGUCAGUCAACUUUCGGGAAGGGGGGGGAGGGGCGUGACGUCACCGGGGGAAACAAGAACGCGGGGGGGUUGUGACGUCGCGGGGGGGGGGAGAAACGGGGCGCGCGCGCAGCCAGUGCCGGAUUUAUUUGUCCCCCCCACCCCACCCCACCCCAAAUUAUGAGUCUUUGUAAAUUGUGUUUCUCAAUGAAGUUAUUAUUAUUAUUAUUAUUACUAUUUAAUUGCCAAAUGCUAAUGCGUUUGCAUAAUUCAGUUUGUUAGGAAUAAAAAAAAAAUCAUUUUAAGUUAGAGCUCAAUAAUAAUUUCGCUAUUAAUAUACUACUUCUUAAUUGUGUUUCACUAUUAAUAGACUUAAUUGUAUUUCAGUCCAACAGUUACUUUGGUAAAAUACAUAUUUUGUGAUGUGCCAAUGGCUUGAGAUACCUAUGAAGUCCAUAAAUUACCAUAUACAGUGGUACCUCGGGUUACAGACGCUUCAGGUUACAGACUCCGCUAACCCAGAAAUAGUACCUCGGGUUAAGAACUUUGCUUCAGGAUGAGAACAGAAAUCGCGUGGCAGCAGCAGGAGGCCCCAUUAGUGGUGCUUCAGGUUAAGAACAGUUUCAGGUUAAGAACGGACCUCCAGAAUGAGUUCUUAACCCGAGGUACGACUGUAGUGCGACUGGGACACGACGGGGCCAUUGCAAAAUCUGCAGCACAUGCAACAGCGUUUGAGGCAACUGUGUGCAAAGUUUUGUGGGAAUAAACAGGGUGGGCUCCUGAGAGAGCCUGUUUACUAACUGAGCACAUUUCUAAGCUGCUUAAUAUUUUAAAAUCUCAAAACCAUAUUCAGCCUCCGGAACGAAUUAAGUACUUAACCCGAGGUACCACUGUAUAGCAUCUAUUCAACACAAAAAAACAGCAACCAUUUGUUGUGGACAGAGGACAGCUGGACAUGUAAAGGACCCCAUUUCCUUCAGGAGCUGAGGGCCGCAUCAAACCUCAAUCCGGCCCUGUGUGCAGCGCUUGAAACCCACCUGCUCAUGGGGAAACCAAGGAAGUGGGUAGGGCACCCCCCUAAAGGUGUGGGUGGUGGUGGGGAUAGGGGGAUCCCCCCUGGGUUGUGGGUGCUUUAAAUCGGGCAACUUACCCGGAACCAGGAGCCAUGUGUUUGGGGUCCCGUUUCUUAAUCUUUCGCCAUAUAUUUUGGUUGGUGCCCCUGUUUCCACCCGCCCUGGAUCAGGCCGUGACCCAUUGGUGGGUUCCAGCCCACCAGUUGAAGACCAGUGCUUCAAAUCAUCAUCAUCAUCAUCAUUUUGUUAAUUGUACCCCGCCUAUCUGACUGGGUUGCCCCAGCACUCUGUGCAGCUACCAACAUACAUAUAAAAAUAUACCAAAACAUUGCAUAUUGAAAAGCUUCUCUCUACAGGGCUGCCUUCAGAUGUCUUCUAAUGGUUAUAUAGUUACUCAACUCCUUUACAUCUGAUAAGAGGGCGUUCCACCGUGCAUUGAACCCCUGGCUGUAGCCUAGAUACUUUGCUGUCUUGUUUGCAUGACAUCACGUUAAGUCCGCCUUUGCCAACCAGGUGCCAGCCUCAGGUGGAAUUGUAGCCCAAAAUUGCGGGGGGGCGGGCGCAGCAGGCACCAGGUUGGUGUAACUGGCUUAUCCCAGGCCUGCCAAGCUCAACAUGUCGACACCGGCAUGUAUAUUAUGAUUUGUUUCUAAGACUGUGGUCCUUGGAAGGAAGAACGUCCCAGUACUUUUCCUCGAAUUUCACUUCCUAGUAAGCAGCGUCCAUGACUUCCACCACAUGGGUUUUAUUUCUUUUCACCCAACCUGAGGAAGCCAGAAAGAGGAACCAGAAUAUGUUGUUAUGCUUUGUAACACGGUCAUGUUGCAUACAUCUCAAGCCACUUUGGUUGUCCGUUUUUGCAGAAAAACAAGAUAUCGGUACAUUAUUAUUUAGUCUUUCAUUUCUAGAGCUUCAGAUACGGAAUGUUAACCUUGGGGGUUGACUCUUGAAUGGAUAGUGAAGAGCCCUCCCGCCUUCUCAAAGGAUUCUUUCAGGGAACCUCGAGAUUGCUUCACCCUCCUGCUAUCUUCCUUCUUCUUAAAUCCUGAAUAGCUGCUUUUCUAAAGCCACUUAGUAGUUGCUAAGGCUACUUAAUUCACUCUCUCCUUGAUAAUAGGAGACAAGCCAAACUAGAUCAGAAGCUGGUGAUAGGAGAGCCUUACGGGUGGGGUGGUUGUUGCUUUUUGCAUUUCUUUUGGAAGUGCAGGGUGGGACUAAAUAUGGACAUUAGCCCUGGGGGAAGAAUAGUUUAAUCAUCCUCUCUCUGCCCCCGCCUUGCUAUUUUCCCAGUGUAAAUCUUCCUCCCACCUCUUUUCUCCAGUGGGACUAUUGUAAGGGGGGAAUUUACCUUCCUGGAAGCAGGGCAGGGUCAGGAAAGGAGUAUCCUUUCCCCCAGCACUAAGGCUGUGUACAUACCUACGCCUUUAAAGUACAUUGAGAGAACAUUCUUUCCCCCAAAGAAUUCUGGGCAUUGUAGAUUGUUAUGGGUUGCUGAGAACUGUAACUCUGUGAGGGGUGAAUUGCAGCGCACAGAAUUUUUUUGAGGUGAAAGUAUGUGUUUUGAGUGUUCUCUCAAGGUAUAGUGUGUGCAGGGCCUAUGAUUCCGAUCUGAUUCACACUUGCGCACCCUGUGGCUGCUUUUUAAAUAAAAAGGAAAGAGAUUGGAUAUUCAGUCACUCAGCUUGUCUCAUUUGACUGUUAAGGUGUGUAUGUCUCCCUUGUAAAAUGAGGGUGUCCCACAUUGUACUAUGUAUGUGUUUGACAAAAGGGUGCUCAGGUGUGUCAGUAUAUUUGUUUAUUUGGCACCAGCCAUGCACGUGCUGCCUUAAAAAGACCAAAAGGCAGCAGGCAGAGGCUGGCCCAUAAGGGCAAGUAUGGUUUUGCCCCACCAACCUUAGUCUGCCCUCAGCCAGCCAGCUAUCAUCUGCCUGUCUUCUAUCUUAAAUCCAAGCCAUAGAGUGGCACUGCUUUGCCAACUGCAUCUUCUUUAGUCUCAGCAUUGUCCUUGUAAAACUCAGCAGGGAGGAGGAUGGGGGCAAAACCAGAAUUUUUUAGCUCUGCCUGUCAUUGGCUCUGCCUCUGCCUGCUUUCUGUCCGGGUAGACACCAGACACCCCUGGCGAAAGGACAGGUCCCUUCCCAAGAGACUUACACGCUAGAGAAAAAAUUAGGGAGACCACAGGUGACCUGGAGGGGAAUGGAGGCCUGGGCCAAACAGGGGAGGAACAUGCAUUUAUUUCAGCUACAGGUGUGUAGACUUUGGCAUUUAUUCACUCCUCCACACAGGUUUCCUCUGCACAAUCCUGAACGUCUCCAGCAAUGGCUCUCCCAGAUGAACCAGGAAAAUUGGGUCCCGACGAAGCACCAGCACUUGUGCAGCGAGCACUUUGCCCCGUCCUGCUUUGAAUACCGGUGGGGGGCGCGCUUCCUGAAGCCUGACGCUGUUCCCACCAUCUUUCAGACCUCAGAAGGCUCGCUGGUGAGUGGUUGGUCACCUGCCAAGAAAGUAUAUUGGAGAAUUGCCAUUUUCCCAGCUGAUGUUUUUGCUGGGUGGUGUAUCAGUAGCUUAAGAACAUACCAGAGGAGCAGGGAUCCUCUGGCCAAAAGCUGUGGCCAUGUUUGCCUCUGGAUAUGUCUGCCUCUGGCACAUGGCCCCCCAGGAGGCUACUCCUUAAGCAACAUGGCCCCUGGGCUGAAAAGGGUUCCUCAGCCCUAACAUAGCAUUUAAAUAAAAUCUGUUUGGAAUUGGAGGCUUUUCUGUAGUAGAUGCUCAGGUUGGGUUACAGCAGUGAAAGAAAAAAGUGAGUUGGUAGCCGAAGAGUGUUUUUUUUCAAUUGUAUUUCAUAAAAUGUAUACACUGCUGGAUUGUAAAAGGGGGGGGAUCCUUAAAGCAGUUUACAAAAAAUGUAUUGAAAUUAACGAAAAGAAUGUAAGAUUUUCAAAGAGUUGAAACUAAAAACAGAUUAAAACUUGCACCGGCUUUCUAAACAUCUGGGUAGGCUUGUCUAAGCACAAAUGUUUCUAGCAAGGGAAAGUGCCAGCCUGAUAUCAAUGGGUGUUAAGUCAUUUUGGUUGUGCGCUCAAAUUUAGCAGCCGAAAAACCCACAGCAGACGGCUGGUUAAAUUUCAGAGUGGGCCUGGUCAUGUUAUUAUCCCAUGUUAAAUCUCUCCACUUUUGUGUUUGGGAGAUUCACUUGCUAAUGACAGAAGUUCAGUCUGUACUGGAUCCUUGCAUGCCUCUUUGCUCUCACAAACUGUUUACGCUGAUAGCAUUAGUUAGAUGCAGCCUGCUUUCUAGAACUGCCCCCCCCCCCUUGGUGGCUGCUAUAUAUAUAUCUCAGCUGCGCAGCAUCUUGGACUUGGAUCCGAGAGCAAACAAACCUUUGCCAUGUGAUUUGUAACACAGAAUAAUAAACACCGCAGAGUAUUGGGUUAAGAGGUGGAUUUGUGUAUGUUCCACUGCUGGGAGCAUGUUUUGAGGGUAAUAACCGCUGUGUGCACACAGCAAAGCAGUUAAUGCCACGUGUCCUAAACACUGGGCUAUGUCAGGGGAAGAUCAAAGGCUGGCUGAAGAGGGACCAAAGCCCUGAGUGUAGAAUGAUGCCCUGAUCUUUUCCUUGGUUACUUAGGUUCUGCACUCCACAUGCUGCAGCAUUGUAGAAAUGUCUGCGUUUAUUUGAAACACUUUUACCUGGCUCUUUGGCUCGUGUGAGAUGAGUGAUGGACAAAAUGGUCCCUGCCCCACAGGCUUACAAUCUUAAUAACAGGCCACAAAUUGGAAAAGAGCUAGGGUAGGGAAGCAAAGAGACAUUGGUUCUUAAGUUUACGCAGUUCUUAUAAAUGACCAGCUUAAAUAUAAAAUGGCUGAGGGAGAGGAGCAGAGCUAACUGAGUGGCGCUGCUUUCUCAUCUCUUCCUGUGCUGCAGACUGAUGGAAUGUUUUGGUCUCUCUCCCCUGCCCCCCCCCUUCCUCUGUGGGCUCCUGUAAUGGGUGACCUGGAGUAAGAGUCCUAAAACUGGAGAGGAGGAGUAUCAUCUGGCUGAUAAUGCUUAGCCUCUAAAUAGUGCUCUUUCAGUGCUUAAGGUACACAUUUUCAGCUAUCCCUAAUGAAAACCUCUGCAACAUAUGAGCAUUAUUAUCAAGGCCUUACUGACUAUCUAGAAGAAAGGCAAAGUCAUCUCCCAGAUGUCAGUUGGAUGUCUUGCUUUCUGAAGCACCAUAUGACAGGCGGGCACCAGCUCUGUCCCAUGUGGUCAUGCUGCCCUCAGAGGCAAAAGCACAGCGUGAAUUUGGCUGGGACGGAGGUGGUGGCAGUGGUGGCAAACUCGUCUCCUGGCAAACAAAGGCCAGACAAAACCCAUGGAUUCCUGGUCACUGUCCUCAAACAGUAUGGGAUGACUGGGGCUGCAGAUACACCACAUAUUUAAAGCACGUUAUCUGCGCCAAAGAAUCCUGGGAAAUGUAGUUUAUCCCUCACAGUUUACUACUCCCAGCCCCUGUAACAGACCACAGUGCCCAGGAUUCUUUGGGAGAAGUCGUGUGCUCUAAAUGUACGAUGUAUAAGAAUGGAUUGGCUGCCUGCUGAGUUUGUAGCUCUGGUGGCAUUUGGACUGGGCGCUUCUCAGCUCACACCGAAGUUCUCCACCCCCUCUGGCAUUGUAGCAAUGCAGCAAUCCAGCAGCCUAGAUGUGGUCGGGAAUGGUCUGCUAUCAGCCCUCCCGCCUGGAUGCAGCAGAGGAAAGGCUGGGAGACCCUCCCUCCAUUGGCUCUUUAUCACCGUAACCUACCCCUGGGUAAAGGGCAGAUAAGAAAUCGCAUGAAUAAGUCGCCCUUUGGUUCCUCAGAAACCAUUCUAUUCAGGGCAUGAGGCAUUGGUGUAGCUUUAUGUAGAGCUAGUGCAGGCUUCCUCAAACUCGGCCCUCCAGCUGUUUUGGGACUACAGCUCCCAUCAUCCCUAGCUAGCAGGACCAGUGGUCAGGGAUGAUGGGAAUUGUAGUCCCCAAACAGCUGAAGGGCUGAGCUUGGGGAUGCCUGAGCUAGUCCUUGAAUUUCCAAAGAACAUAAGAGCCUUCUGGAUCAGGCUGAUGGCCCCUGUAGCCCAGCAUCCUGUUCUCACGGUGGCCAACCAAAUGCAAGCAGGAUUUCAAGCACAGGAGAACUUUCCCCUCCUGUUGUUUCCAGCAACUGAUAUUCAGAAGCGUUGUUGCCUCCCAGCUGUGGUGGCACAGCAGAGCCAUAAUGGCUAGUAGCCAUAACUAGGCCUGUCCUCCUCCAUCAAUCUUCUCUUGAAGCCGUCCGCGUCGGUUGCAGUGCUCGUCUGUUGCAUCAAAGAGUCUUGUGGUACCUUCAGGCCCAACACAUUGGGUUUUUGUUGUUUGUCUUGCAUCUGUCUUAUGCCACAAUAAAUCUGUUUAGUCUAUUUUAAGGCACCACAAGACUUUUUGUGGUUAGUGCUUGAAUGUGCUUCUUCCCCUGUUCUCUUUUUUCAAUCUGUAUCUUGCCUCUUAGACUAAACCUGUGAGCAAAGGCUGUGGGGUGUUCUUACCAUCUUUGCACAGCUCAUAGGAAAUAUCAGGCACUUUAAAAACAAGGGGAAGGAAUGCAGUGUGGGGUUCAGGGCCUCCUCUUGUCUAGCUCACCUUGUGGGGGGAUCGGUAGAGAUGUGCUCUAUGUGGGGCUACCUUUGAAGGUGACCUGGAAACUACAACUAAUCCAGAAUGCAGCAGCUAGAUUGGUGACUGGGAGCAGCUGCCAAGACCACAUAACACCAGUCUUGAAAGACCUACUUGGCUCCCAGUAUGUUUCAGAGCACAAUUCAAAGAGUUGCUGCUGACCUUUAAAGCCCUAAAUGGCCUCGGUCCAGUAUACCUGAAGGAGUGUCUCCACCCCCAUCGUUCUUCCCGGACGCUGAGGUCCAGAUCCGAGGGCCUUCUGGCAGUUCACUAAUUGUGAGAAGCCAAGUUACAUGGAACCAGGCACAGGGCCUUCUCGGUGGUGGUGCCCGCCCUGUGGAACACCCUCCCAACAGAUGUCAAAGAGAAGAACAACUACCAGACUUUUAGAAGAAAUCUGAAGCCCUCUUUAGAGAAGCUUUUAAUGUUUAACAGACUACUGUAUUUCAAUGCUUUGUUGGAAGCCACCCAGAGUGACUGGGGAAACCCAGCCAGAUGGGCGGGGUAUGAAUAAAUUAUUAUUAUUAUUAUUAUUAUUAUUAUUAUUAUUAUUAUUAAUCUUGGAAGGACAGCUGCUCAUUUGUCUGCUUUCGCUUUUGCAGAAGAGGGAAAACCCGGCCAGGACUUCCUCCGAUGUCCCAGCUAAGAAGCUCAUCAUUGAAUGCCAAGGGGAGAGGAGCAUGCCGGGACCCCAAGCCAUAAGCCGCCCCGAGCCCAGCGCCCUGGAAACGCUUGCCAUCGCCAUUGACCCCAGCGUGGCAGCUGCCCCGAUCUACGUGGAGACCCAGUCCUCCGCCUCAGACUUCCCUGCCCUCUCAGGGCCCUUGGUCGGGGCUGUGAACCUGCUGCCUUUGGUCCAAAUCGUGGAGCCCCUCAAGGCCGUGACGCUGACUGUGUCUUCCCCGCUUGAUGCCAGCCAGCCUCUCCCGGACCGGGUGGAGCAACAGGUGGUUGACUUCUUGGCCUCGCUGCCGCCGGCGACCCUAGAAGCUACGCCGGGCUCGUCCCGGGGGGCCUCUGAGCCCUUUUGUGCAGAGGUGGCCGUGCCCUGCCAGGUGGUGGCGGCUGCCAACCAGCCGCCGCUCCAGGCCCUGAUGGCCGACCCAGCCAUGGCUCCGGAGCAAGGGGCGCUCGUCAUCGAGAACGUCUCCAUCGAGCCGUUUCUGGAGACUGACCCCUCCGCCGCCGCCGUCCUGCGUUCCCUGCAGGAGCCGCCCGCCGAGGUGGUGGCGUACUUCGAGACCAUCCCGACGGCGCCCAUCACGGCCGCCGCCUCAUCCGGCGUGACCCCCCCUGAGACGGUCCUGUCCUCCGCCCUGAGCCUCCCCAUUGUCUCCACCGUCCCCAUCGUCUCCAACCAGGCACCUCCGAAGGCCCCCCCGGCGGAAGAGGAGAAGCUGGAGGAGCUGAGCUCGGCCGAGUCCUUGGAGGAGCAGCUGGAGGAGCACCGCUACCACAAGCACGAGGGGACGACCUCUGAGCUCGUGGAGGUGGUGAUGGGCCUUCAGAAGAAGGUGAAGGUUCUCCAGCAGAGGCACCGCCGGCACUGCGCGAAGCUGGAGGCCAUGGAAGGGGUGGUGGAGCAGCUGCGGAAGGAGAACCUGGUGUCCGAGGAGAAGCUGAAGCUGCUGGAAAUGGUAAGCUGGCUUUGCAGGGCGGCUGGUCUCCUUGGGCUGCAGCUGGGAAACGGAGAGAGGCGAGCACGCGGCGGAGAUCAGGUCUGCUGGGAUUUCUCAGCUUCUGCGUUUUCCUCUUUAAGCAUGCAGUUUCUAGGCCUCAUGAGUACAGGGGGCGGUUGGGAAUAUAUAUAAAAGGGAAGAACCUUGAAAUAAUCGAGGAAGGUAAGUAAUGGGUUUUGGGGAUAGGGGGUUCUUUUUAAAACACACACACACACACACAGGUUUUCCAAUUUAAUAAUAAUAAUAAUAAUUUAUUUAUACCCCGCCCAUCUGGCUGAGUUUCCCCAGCCACUCUGGGCGACUCCCAAUAGAAUAUUAAAAACACAAUAAAUACAUCAAACGUCUAAAACUUCCUUAUACAGGGUUGCCUUCAGAUGUCUUCUAAAGGUUGUAUAAUCAUUUCCUUGACAUCUGGUGGGAGGGCUUUCCACAGGGCGGGUGCCACCACCAAGAAGGCCCUCUGCCUGGUUCCCUGUAACCUCACUUCUCGCAGUGAGGGAAUGGCCAGAAGGCCCUCGGAGCUGGACCUCAGUGUCCGGGCUGGACGAUGGGGGUGGAGACGCUCCUUCAGGUAUACAGGACCGAGGCCGUUUAAUCCAGUAAAGGCCACAUUAAAAACAUUCCGAAUUAUAAAAUAAUAAAACAUUCCAAAUAUUAAGCCAAAUCAUAAAUCUUUGUUUGACUUCCUACGCUCUGAGGCUGGAGGGUUGCCAUCACCUCACAUUUGUGCUGCUUUCUUAAUUAGUCCAUGCGGUUCCCAUAAAUCCGAUGUUAAUCCUUCCUUCGUUUUCACAGCCUCUGAGUUCGUCCCGCAAGCAAGUUAUAUCAAAACAGUUUCUAUGUGGGUGUUUAUCUUCUUCCAUGUCUUUCACUUUCACUUCUCCAUGCCUGUAUUAUCCAAUACGACACAUCCCAAAAUGGAGGAAAUCUGGCUUUCUGCCCAUUGUUCCAGGCAUAAGUCCAAACCUCUUCGUUUCAUCUCAUACCAGAACAGACAAGCCUGUACUUUGGCUAGAAGCCUCAAUUCCCAACUUCCACUCUUAACAGUCCUUCAAAAUUAAUUGCAAAUUCAUAUAUCUUUUCCACACAGUUAAUAAUUAGAUCAAAAUUAUGUCAGUAUUACAGUACAAUACCAUCUCGCUUGUGUACAUAAUCAAUCGGCAGUAGUAGUAAUAAUAAUAAUAAUAAAUAAAUUUAUUUAUUCCCUGGGCGGAGCCGGGCUCAGGGUGGCUAACAUCAAUAAAAUUUCAGUAAAAACAUAAUAAGGAAAAAAAGAAAAAGAAAAAAACAAUUUAAAAUACAGGUUAAAAUGCAAUUUAAAAUGCAGCCUCAUUUUAAAAGUCAAACUUUUGGCAAACAUAUUUGCCAAGUAAAGUAGCAAAUAUGCAGUAUAUCAAACAGAAACAAAGGAGGCUCACCCCCCUUCCCGUUCCAACAUACCAGUACCUUAAUAAAGAUAGUCUCUCUUCCAUGGGUUUUGGCGGGGGGUUCUUUCCUUGGUGAGGACAUGUGUUCCCCUGCCCAGCCUUGCGCUAAAGGUUCCGCAGCUGUUAUCCACAAUAGAGCCUCCAGUUUCAGGGGCAGUCUAGCUCACAGUCGCAUCCAGAAGCAAGAUGGUGGAUGAGACGAAGCCGCUUUGGCCUGCUCCACCAAACCCACCCUUGCAUGUCUUGUUAUGCUGCUGUUUCUACGGGGAUCUACGCUCGGUAUUCAUCACUCCUGUUAUACAAAAAUCUCCAAAUGGGUCCGAACUUCAAUGUCUAAAACUCCUGGUAGAGGACAAGGAUCUAGAGAUCAUGCUAAGGGUGGCCAAAUUCUGUGCGACUGCCAUAAAACUUAGGGAACAAGCUGUACAGUCAAAAUGAUUAAGGUUUUAAAUGAAAAUUUUAGGUUAUAUUUUAGUGAUCAAGAUUUAAUAUAUAUUUUUAACUGCCGGUAUAUCUAAAUUGUCUCUGUUAUGCCCAAUUGCAACUCAAUGUAUUCCUGUUGUGUUUUAUGAUUUUCCUGAUAUUGUAUGUGAGCCGGAACUGGUCUGUGACCAUAAUAAUAAAAAUUCACCCUUGCACCUGCCCGCUUCUCUUAAACAUCUGGAGGGCAGCAUGUUGCCUAGUCUUGGCUUCUGCAUUUAUUUCAACAACUUACAGGCCACUUAAUUACAGGGGUUGGACUGGAUGACCCUCUGGAGCCCUUCCAGGUCUACAGUUCUGUAAUUCUAUGAGCCAUAGCUCCACGGUAGAGCAUCUGCUUUGCAUGCAGAAGAGCACUUCUGGAUCAGGCCAGUGGCCCACCUAGUCCAGCAUCCUGUUAUCACAGCGUCCAAUCAGAAGCCUAUUAUGGGAAGCGCGCAGGCAGGACCCGAGUGCGAGAGCCCUUUCCCCUCUUCUGGUGUUCAGCAACUGGUUUGCAGAAGCACUGCUGCUUGUGACAGUUUUAUUGCUGUAAACAGUUUAAAUGAAUAUUUAUUUAAUGACACAGUGAUAUACAGAUAUUUUCCUAAAUGAAUAAACCAACAAGGUGUCGGGGAACCUCUUAUUUUUUUAAUUUUUAUUGGAAGUUUUAUUUACAACAUAACAUAAACCCCUCCCCAUACAGAAAUCCACCCUCAUUAAACGUGAACAUAACAUACAAUAAGCAUAACAUACAACAGUACAAACAACCAAAUAAAAUACUUCCUUUAUUCUGUAUCUGGCCUCCUUAUUUACUUCUUAUAAGCUGUUUCCUUUAUGAAUAAUUAUUAAGAUUUUUCUAAUUAUAUCUUAAAUAUCCACAAAGUCUCCUGCAGACAAUAAUCAAAACAAGUCCAGGUAUGUAUUUUAGGGCACUGUUUUGCGAAGUAUUCUCUGCAUUUCCCCCAUGCUUUUUGAAACUCUUGUCUAGUGUGAUCUCUAACUGCCUCUGUUAAUCUAGCCAGUUCAAUAUACUCUAACAGUUUGUCUUGCCAUUCCUUUUUUGUUGGCACAAUUUCUUAUUUCCAGUUUUUAGCAAUUAGGAUCCUUGCCGCUCCUGUGGCAUAGAGGAGUAUUUUCUGAUCUUCUCUUCCUAUACCUGUGUCCGUUAUCCCUAGUAGAAAAGCUUCUGUAUUUUUCAUAAAGUUAAACAUUUUUUUAAGCUCGUCAUAUACUAUAUUCCAGAAGCUUCUGGAAGCUUCUUUUGGGGACCCUCUUAACCUCUCCUGCUCUGUUCUCCCCUCACUCAGGCCUGCCUACAGUCCAGCACUCUUGUCCCCGAAGCCGGCGCUGCUGUGGCCAUCAUCUGCCAGGACAAUGACCAGGCGCUGGUCUACGCCGUGCCCCAGCUCCCAGAAGAAGGGAAUGAGACCAUCAUCCACGUGGAGGAGCAGUAAUCUCGGAGGUGGCAGAGGGCAGUCAGGAUCCAACCUUCGUUGCGUUCCGUGUGGCCGAAGGCACCCGUCAGGGAGGGUCCCGGCACCUACGUCUUUUGGCUGCGAGAAUCUCAGGCCUGGCACCACCGGGCCUCUUCUGAUUUCAGCUGCCUAACCCGAUGGCCUUAUUGCGACGGCACCUUAUUUUGCGGGAAAGUUGCCUGAAAUAAUUGUACAUAAAAAUUGUCUGGGUGGGGGGAAUUGAGCCACUGAAUGUGUGCGUGUGUGUUUGCCUCUUCUGCGCCUGAGCCUCAAAGCUGCUGCCGCCGCUGCCUCAUUUGUCAUGAUAACCGCUGCUUGGUGUGAGCCAGACUGUCCUUGCCAGCUUGCUUUGCUAGCAAGGCAAGGGCGGACAGGCCCAUCUUGGCGGCUGAACUGCUGUACUGCUUUUUGGGCACCUGAAAUUGCCGCACUUUGAUGUUGGGCUCUCCUAGGUGCCUUUCUAAAGGGCUCAACUUCAGGGCAUCUCUCUCUCUCUCUCUCUCUCUCUCUCUCUCUCUUUCUCUUUCUCUCUUCGUGUGUGUGUGAGAGAAUUGCCCCCUCUCUCUUCCUGCUUCCAGCAGAACUUAGUGCACAGACGGCUGGUAUCUCUGCGCUCUCCACACUUAUCAGAAGGCAAAAGUAUUUGCUACUUGUCCCCAUAGACCUUUCAUACCUGGGCACAUGUAGGAUUAUAAGGCCACCCAGUGCCUGGGAGCAGGUGGUAUCCAUACAAGGAGGGGGUUGAGAGAGGAGCAGAAAGGAAUCUCUCACACACACCCUUUGUGGCGAACAUGUGGUGGAAGCCAUUAACAAGAGGCUGCGAUGAAUGGCAAUCCCACAUGCACGCCUCCUACAAAAGCAGAUCAGUACACAAGAACAUGGCGCCAUCCACAGAGCUGAGCUGCGAAAGUGUUUUGAGCGUUCCAAGCGACUCAUUUUCAUCUUUUCAGCUGCUUGACAGAUUUCAUAGUAACGGAAUCGUUUCAGAUUUGGCACUUGCAUCAACCCAUUGCAGCUCCUUGCGAUCUCUUGAAAAGCGAUUCUGUUCAGCCGAGUACUGCAAACAGGCCAGGUCUGACUGAAGGCGAAGGCUCGGUAGGAAGAUUGUAGGGAGCAGCCUGUCUCAACCGUCUUAAUCUUGCAAACUUCAGGGAAGUGCCAGCAUGGUGCACUUCAAAACGUUGAAGGCCUGCAUUUGACAACAAAGCCUCCGUAACUUACAGCGCAACCACGCAGGUCUGCCAAUUCUUGAGCCCAACUCGGGUAUUUAAAUUCCUCGCAUGGGCGAGGAGGUUGAGGAUCUCCACCCCCAUUGCCUCCCCACAAGGUGGGAGAGCCAAACAUCUGCAGCAGGGAGCCUGUUCUGCUUAUGUAACCCCCCCCCCCUUUUCCGACAAUCUAGAACCCUGGAAGAUCAGGAUUCUAGAAUCCACAGAAAGCCUUCCAACACGUGGAAGGCAAUAGUGCCAGCUGCAGAGAACAUGAUGGAGGGCACUAUCCCCAUGGCCCCACCCCUGUUCUCCCCCUCACCUGAUGCAGCCAGCAGGGUGGGGAAAAGCUUUGGCAGGAAGCGUAGCUGGUUUGCUUAGGGCUGUUGUUUCCUGCUAAGGACCCAUUGCUACGCUGAAUGCGUUCUGCAUCCUAUUCCAAGGAUCCUGUCGCUGGUUCAGAUGGAAGAUCGCCUCUUGUCCUUCAUCCUGCUUCCCACGGUGACUUGCUGGGUUCCCCUGGGGAGGCUGCCAGUGGGGCUUGAAGGUAAAUAGUCCCCCUGCCCCACAGCCAGUGCUCAGGGGCAGAUUCUCACAUUAGCGGGUGUUGCUUCCCUAAGUCACUCUCAUGUCAUCGGGGAUGAUAGUGGAAGGCUUUACAGGAAUGUCUGCUUCUCCUUGGGUUCUCUCGGUCUUCUAUCUAGACUCCUUUCAUCUUUUCUUUGAGGCUGUCCUCUUGCGGCUACCGUCUUAGGGUUUCUUGUCAUACAGUAUUUUUGUCCCAUAGCCAGCCAAAUAAAGAGUUGUUUUGAGUUUGUGAGUGAGUGGGUGUUAUGGUAAAUCCUCCUUUUAAAAAAAUGUUAUUAAGGUUUUGCUUUUUUAAAAAACAACGACACGGGUCUCUGUAAUUGAACGUUAAUCCAGGAGUAGGAGGAAAGGCUGGAAAAUAAAACGCGACAAUGUGAUUGUAGAUCUUGGCGAGGGGCAGAAACUGACGGUGGGAAGAACCUCACUGGGGGUGGUGGGGGUGUUAACAGUGCUGUAAUACAAAAAAAAUUACUCUAAUAAAUGGAAUAUUGGAAAAA